GAGGUUAAUGAAAGUCCAAUUUGUUUACCUUUUAAUUAACUUAAUUUUCUAUUAUCAAUUUGUGUCUUUAUUAAACUUUUGUCUUCUAUCUAUCAUCGAUAUUGUCCAGUGUUGAUUGUUUGCUUAUUUGUGUCUAACUAUUAAUGAUAUUGUGUUGAAACAGUCAACGGAUUUUGUGUUGUGGCUUUUUUUUUGUUUUGUUGACCAAAAGGAAAUCAAAACAAGAGAGAGAGAGAGAGAGAAAUUUUUACAUUUGUUCUUUUGACAGUUUGGUUGUUUCUCUGUUUUUUUUAGUAAUUUUUGUCCUCUCUCCUUUUUUCUUUUAGUUAAAGUGGAUCAUUUAAAUUAUCUUGACAAAACGGCGACUCCAUCGGUUGUAGGCUUAUGCCAUAAAUGUGGAGACGCUGUUCUGAGCGAGGGCACAGGAUGCACCGCCAUGGAUCAAGUUUACCACAUUCGGUGUUUCACUUGUAGCGUUUGUAAUCGUCAACUUUCAGGGUUGGCCUUUUAUGCUCUGGCAGGUAGACCUUAUUGUGAAAGUGAUUAUCUAAACACUUUGGAAAAAUGUUGCGUCUGUAAUAGGCCAAUUUUGGAUCGGAUCUUGCGAGCAACAGGUAAACCCUAUCAUGCUGAGUGUUUCACUUGUACAGUUUGUGGUAAAGGUUUGGAGGGAAUACCUUUUACCGUCGAUAAUGCCAACAGGAUCCAUUGUAUUGAAGAUUUUACCAAAAAGUUUGCUCCAAGGUGUAGUGUUUGUCAUAAACCGAUAGUUCCGGAACCAAAUCAGCCAAAUACAGUUCGGGCUGUGGCUCUUGAUCGUAACUUUCACGUUUCGUGUUACAAAUGUGAAGAUUGUGGCCUCCUUUUGUCCUCACAGGCUGAAGGACGAGGUUGUUAUCCUUUGGAUGAUCAUAUUUUAUGUCAAAAUUGUAAUGCACGAAGAGUAAGACAAUUAACAGCAAGUGCUUGCUGAUAAUCAAAACAUUGAAACAAUCAACUAAUUGAUUCAAUCAAUAAUCACCUAAUUUUUUCCCCAUAACAUUUAUCUUGUAUUUUACCUUUUUAAUGCACGAGAAACAAUCUAUUCAAUUAUUUCUCAAUAAUUCCAAUCCAUUUAAUUAAUCAAUCUAAUUAAGAUGAUUAUAUCAUUUUAUUAACAAAUUCAUUAUUAAUGAUGAGUAAACAAUUUUUACAGAAACAAACAAACAAACAAACAAACAAAAACAGAAUCUCUCUGAACAUCAACUGGGAACAUUGAUUCAAUUAUACUUAUAAUUAAACGAUUUUCGUUAUUAAUAAAUUGAUUGGAAAUCAUUUUCGUUGGU